GCUUCCUUGCUCCUCCAAAGAAGAAAGGAGAGCAGCAGAGCAACAGGAAGGACUCUGCCAGAUCGAGCCGCACUUCUCCUCCCUCUCAUCCGAGAAGAACAUCAAACAAGAAACCAGAGAGCUAGAACAGAGCAAAGAUGACCUGAGGCUAAGCAAAACGCACGCACACUCCUCUUCGACGCGCGCACGCACGUAGAGGACGCGCAGGACGGACUUGCACUCCGGCGCAUGGGUCUCCUGGACCAGCUGUGGGACGACACGGUGGCCGGGCCGCGCCCGGACUCCGGCCUCGGCAAGCUCCGCAAGUACGCCUCCUUCUCGCCCUCCUCCUCCUCCUCGGUGUCCGCUGCCGCGGCCGCGUCGCCGCCCGCAGAGGGGGCGGCGAGCGGCGCCGGCGCCGCGCCACCCGUGACGCGCAGCAUCAGCAUGCUCCGGCCCUCGGCGCUGUCCGUCGUCACGUCGCCGCGCAGCGAGUCCAGCUCCGCGCCAUCGUCGCCGGCCAGCGGCGCCCCGGACUCGCCCUUCGGCGCAGCGACGACGCCCAAGGGAGAGGGCUGGAAGAAGCUGCGCCGGAAAGGCAGGAUGGCCGCCGACGGCGCCGACGCCCCCGGCACGCCGAGGAGCCCCACCGUCUACGACUGGGUGGUGAUCAGCUCUCUGGACCGGUAAACGACGGCACAGGACACCAUCAACUGCUAGCAGCCAACUGAAGGGCAGAUCGGAACACAAGGGCCAUAGAUCGUCUUUCAGAGCUCGACUCCUGAUGAUGGUUUCUGCGCUGCAUACGUUAAAAAUACCCCAAUCUUCUUGUAAACCCCCGUGUGAGAUGCUGCUGUUUCUGUAACAUCUACUAGUACGCUCCUCAUCGGCCCAUGCGUGUCACCGUGUGGCCCAAGCCUUGUAAGUGAAAGAAGGCAACGCAAGCUCUGAUGACCUGACGAGGCUGGCGAGGCCUAUGUAGCACAGUCCUACGGUACCUACUGUUGAAGAGAGUUGUAAGUUGUAACGCUGUAUGAGUGACCGCGCAGCGUCCUCCUGCUUUGUAACUCCAUGAGGUGCUGCUUGUGUAAAAACCUACUAGAAGAGUAUUCGGCAAUAAUGCGUGUGGUUGGGUGUUCUGGAUAAAUGUACAUCCGGUCGAACACUUUCGCCAAUGUCUUA